AUGAGCGGUCGCAAAAUUGCGGCAGCGACUGUUCAAAACCGUUCUCAAACACCAUUCUGGAAUUGGCUCAAACAAAAGCUCCUUGCUUCCGAUAGACUACCAAUUACACCACCACCAGGAAUCGCCGGAGCCGAUGGAAAAGCUGUCUACCAAAAUCCUCUCCGCUUCCCAAACACUCAAGCUGCGAGACCGGGAUCUGCUGAGCUCCCUACCCUCCCCGGAGGUGUUCAUCAUAAACUUGCCGAUAAUUACUAUCUGACUAGAGAUGGUCGCAGAACUGUUGAACCACCAAAAGUACUCUAUUCGGCCGGAGAAUUCAGCGGAGAGCCAGUUCAACCAGUCCAAGUGAAUCAAGGAGUUUCCACAAAUUUUGGUUUGACUGCCCCAACUCCUGGAUUUGGUGCCGAAUGGAAUCGAUCGAAAGAAAAUGAACUGUCUAGUCAGCAAAAUAAUACCGAGUACGAGUACUUGCAGCGAUUCGAUAAGUUCGCCAAGAGCAAUUGA